AAUGGCAAUCAAGGUUUUCAUUCUGUCCGCCUUCGUGGUCGGUGUCCUCAGCAGUUCUCCACCAUCCUACAAUGCUCCUGUCCCAUCCUAUAGCUCUCCAGCUUCCACGGGACCAGCUCAGUAUGACUUUAACUAUGCAGUAAAUCAUGAUUACUCUAAUAACGACUUCGGCCAUCAAGAAAAUCGAAAUGGAUACGACACUCAAGGAGCUUACUUUGUACUGCUUCCCGACGGCCGUGUACAGAGGGUAUCGUACAACGUGAACGGCGACUCUGGAUACGUGGCCCAAGUUUCCUACGAGGGAGAAGCUCAAUACGGCGCCCCAAGACCUUCCACUUCUUAUCAGCCUGCUCCUGCUUAUGCUUAAUCCUAUGAAUCGGAUUACCUUGAAUCUAUCACACUUAUUUAUGAUGGUCAAAAUAAAAUUCUCAGAAAUAAA